GAGUGCGUAGGCCAGGCCAGGGGCAGCCCCGCGGAGGCAGAAUGUUCACGUCUAAGUCCAACUCGGUGUCGCCCUCGCCGUCCAUGGAACAGGCCGACUCGGACGCGCUGGACAUCAGCACCAAAGUGCAGCUCUACGGGGUGCUGUGGAAGCGGCCCUUCGGGAGGCCGUCGGCCAAGUGGUCCCGACGGUUUUUCAUCAUCAAAGAGAGCUUUCUGCUUUACUACUCUGAGAGUGAAAAAAAGAGCUUUGAAACCAAUAAAUACUUCAAUAUACAUCCUAAGGGUGUCAUCCCUCUGGGGGGCUGCCUGGUAGAGGCCAAGGAAGAGCCCAGCAUGCCCUACGCCAUGAAGAUCUCUCACCAGGACUUCCAUGGGAACAUUGUGCUGGCUGCUGAGUCCGAGUUUGAGCAGGCCCAGUGGCUGGAGAUGCUGCAGGAGUCUGGGAAGGUGACCUGGAGGAACGCCCAGCUAGGAGAAGCCAUGAUCAAAAGCCUGGAGGCCCAGGGCCUGCAGUUGGCCAAGGAAAAGCAAGAGUAUUUAGAUAAACUGAUGGAGGAGACGGAAGAACUCUGCCUGCAGAGGGAGCAGAGAGAGGAGCUUGAGCGCCUUAACCAGGUGCUGGAGGCUGAGAAGCAGCAGUUUGAGGAGGUGGUGCAGGAGCUGAGAAUGGAGCAGGAGCAGAUCAAGAGAGAGCUAGAACUGACAGCAAGAUGCCUCAAGGGUGUGGAGCAAGAGAAAAAGGAGCUGAGGCACUUCACAGAGUCCUUGCAGCGGACGCUGGAGGAACUCUCCUUAGAGAAGAAGAAAACCUUGGAAAUGCUGGAGAAGAAUGAGAACCAGCUGCAGACACUGGCCAGUCAGAGUGAGCAGCCCCCUCUCAGUGGGUGUCUCCAUAGUAACCUAAGGCAAAUUGAGGAGAAGAUGCAGCAGCUCUUGGAGGAGAAGCUUCUGGCAGAGAAGAGGAUGAAGGAGAAUGAGGAGCGCUCGCGGGCCCUGGAGGAGGAGCGUGAGUUCUACUCAAGCCAGUCCCAGGCACUGCAGAGCUCACUGCAGGAGCUGACGGCAGAGAAGCAGCAGGCCGAGCGGGAUCUCAAGGCUGAGGUGAAGGUCCGCAUGGACUUGGAGAGGCGUCUGCGGGAGGCAGAGGGGGCCUUGCGGAGCCUGGAACAAGGGCUCAACUCCAAGGUGCGCAACAAGGAGAAGGAGGAGAGGAUGCGGGCUGACGUGAGCCAUCUGAAAAGGUUCUUCGAGGAGUGCAUCCGCAACGCGGAGCUGGAGGCCAAGAUGCCGGUCAUCAUGAAGAACUCCGUGUACAUCCACAAGGCGGCCACUCGUCGCAUCAAGAGCUGCCGCUUCCACCGGCGCCGCUCCAGUGCCUCCUGGAAUGACAUGAAGCCAUCCCAGUCCUUCAUGACCUCCCAGCUGGAAGCCAACAACAUAGAGGAACUUAAGGAGGUGGCCAAGCGGCUCAGCCGAGACCAGCGCUUCCGGGAAUCCAUCUACCACAUCAUGGCAACCCAGCCUGGAGGACCUGCCGCGCUUCCUCGGGGUGGAAAGUGAUGGAUGCUUCUCCCUUGCUUCCCAAGUCUUUCUCCCAUGGGCUGGGAGAGGGGAAGAGG